GUGCCGGUCGGAAGGUUCUCCAGCGGUGUAGGCUCCGGGCCCCGUCGCCAUAGGCCCCCCUUGUCUUGUAGUGCCGUGCAUCGCAGUGUGUGUGUCUGUGUGUGUGUGCUGGAGGGUUUGGUGUCGGGUGUCCAAGCUGCGGUCUCUCGCCCCGCCCGACAUGGGGCAGCCCGGAUAGAGCACAGCACCGGUGCGGUGCGGGCCCCAGGACCUCCUGCAGUGCAUCCUCCUCUACCUCAGUGCGCGCAUCGGCUGUCCUUGGAUUAUCAUUAUCAUCGACAUCAUCAAGCACAAGCACGAGUUGCUCCUUGGAGGAGUUCGCCAGCGGACGCUGCUCUGCUGCGCCGUGCUCAGCAGCACCAGCCACACCAAGAAGGGGUACUACUCCUGCAAAAAGAAGACGCCGUGGAAGAGCAGUUGAAUUUGGAUCGCCACUGCCGCCGCUCACCGACCACCUGGCGGCACGGGGCUCGCAACUGUGCAGCUGCUCACCCCUUCGCCAUUAUCAGAACAUUCGGAAUAAAAGAAAAAACAUGGCCACCGUCAUCAAGAGCCCAGCAUCAUGGUGAGCGCCCCGAGAGCGCCGGCCGGGGAGGGCGGCGACCAGGACACGACCCGGGACGCGCCGCCCCCGGCCGGCCCCGCCCCCGCGGCCGCCGCCACCCCGGAGCCGGACGCCGCCGCCCCCGUGGGGACCAAGACCGGCGCGGCUGCCGCUUCCGCCGCCGUCAGCGAGGUGUCGUCGAGGAUCCCGAGGAACAAGCUGCUGUCCCACCGCAAGUUCCCCAACGGCAGGCCCGCUGCGGCGCCGGCGUGCCCCGCCGCUGAGGUCCCGGGGGACGCCGGCGCCGCCAGGGGGCGCCAGGACACAACCGACGCCGGUGACGCAACGCAGAGGGACGCCUUCGCCAGGGCCUUCGUCGCCCAGAACGGGAGAGUAGCCGAGGCCAUCAAGUCGUUGGAGUCACUGAACGCGCGCAUCGGGGCUGACCUGGACGCUGGCCCCGGGGCUGGCCCCCUCGCGCCGCUCAUCUCGCCGCCCGCGGCCCAGCAUGGCGGGCCCCACCACGCCCUCCUCGCGGGGGCUCCGGGGCUCGGCGCCGGUGAGGACGGGGCGGCCGCGGCCGACCAGGACGUGCUCGUCCUCUCCUCCAUGGCGCUCAUGAGGAGACUUCUCGUGGACGCCCAGUCCAAGUUUCGUAGGAUGGUAGAGGAAAACCGUCAGCUCGGGGAGCGAAUAGACGGCAACGUGCAGAACGCCCACGAGGACGUGGCGGCCCUGCGCGCCGAGCUGAGCGACGCGUCGCAGCGCCUCUCCUCCAUGGCCACCAUGGCCGCGCCGUGCGCGCCCGCCCCCAAGGCGCUGGGGCCGCCGGCUACCGUCGUGCCGCCGCCGCCGCCCUCCAGCGGCCCGCCCCCCGCCACCUCCACCAUCUCGACAUCGUCGUCGUCGUCGUCACCCUCCUUCUCGUCGUCUGUGGUCAACUCUACGACCAGCCGGUCUUCUACGUCUGACUCGCCCGUCGGCAAGACGACCACUCCGGCCGACGGCCCCGAGACUCCCCGACGCGUACCCCCGAAGGUCACGCCCCGGAGGCCACACUCUGGCGGCGACGUCCCAGACUCGCGUCCGGGAAAUCGUAGCCGAAGUGAAACUGGGGCCGCGGACUCCUCGGACGCGUCCUCCCCUGAGAAGGAGGGCCUCGGAUCGAGCCCCGGGGGACCCAAGUCCGCUCCGCCGACGACCACCGUCUUCUCGGAGCGCAUCGACGCCGUGAGCCCCGGGAGCGGCGAGCCCGUCAGCACGCGUCUGCGCCUAGAGAACGAACGCCUCAAACGGGAGGUGUCUGAGCUCCGGAAGCUGGUGUCGGCCUCCGGACUGUCACCCUCGCCCGUGGGAUCCUCGGCGUCCUCCGCGGCGGCCACCUCCCCUUGCCCCGCAGCUGGCGCCGAUGCCGCAGCCACGUCCGGUGGCGAAGGUGGACCGGGAUUCUCCGUGAUCGCGGACUGCGAUGGCAACCUUAGACGGGUGCGCACCUUGGAGACGGAGCUGCAGCAGACCAAGGAGGCCCUGACCACACUGAAGGCGGACCGCAAGAGACUGAAGGCUGAGAAGUUCGACCUGCUUAAUCAGAUGAAGCAGCUGUACGGAACACUCGAAGACAAGGAGAAAGAAUUGAGGGACUUUAUCCGCAACUACGAACAGCGCAUGCGCGAAUCAGAGGCGUCGCUGCAGCAGCUGUCGACGGAGCGGGAGCAGCGUGAGAGGGAGCGGUGGAGCCUCCUGCGACACGCUCGCGACGAGGCGGAGCGCUCCCUCACCCUGGCCGCCCAGCUGCAGCACAAGGAGCAGCAGCUGCAGCAGCUGCAGGACCAGCUCAACGAUGCUCGACGGUCGGGCUGCCUGUCCGACCAGGAGUCGGUGGCCUCACUGUCGGUGUCCCGGCUCAACGGCAUGUCGUCGGGGACCCUCGUGUCCAGGGACCGGGAUCGCGACCGAGACCGGGACAGCCUCCGUGACCGCGACAGCCUCCGCGACCGCGACAGCCUCCGCGACCGGGACAGAGACUCGCGCGUGCUCGGCGACCGCGAGCGGGACCGGGGCUCGUGCUCGGCCGACUCGGGGGUGCGGGGCUCCUCGGACAGGGAGUCUGGCGCCACCGGCAACCUGUCCGACUCGACCACAGACGGUGAGCGCAAGCGAACAGGUACGCCAACCAUCACUGUGGAGGGCAGCAUGGACAUGGACUCCAUCUCCGUCGUGUCUUCGGUGACGGCGCCGCACAUGUACCAGCACAACGCCGGCACGCCCAAAGACUGCAGCCCGUCGCUGUCGCCCCUGAACGCGCACAGCUUCUCGCGGUCCAUCGACAACAGCGUGCUGUCGAGGUCCGUGGAGCAGCUGAGCUCGCCGCUGGACCUGGAGCCCCGGCGGAGCAAGCGCGGCAUGGGGCUGGGCCGCGGCGGCACCUGGGGCUCCAUCAGCAGGGUGUUCGCGCGCAGCAGGCACCGCAAGGUCGUCUCCCCGACCAGCCAAGACGCCCCGCCUCUGCCAGUGUCGCGUCAUUCUGGCCCGGUUGCAGAGUCGUGCGGCGAGUCGGUGCGGUCGUGGUCGCCGCUCACCGAGGAGGGCUACGCGGAGAAGCUGCGCCUGCUGCGGGAGGCGGCCGCCGUGCCCAUGGAGCGCUGGCGCGCGAGCACGGUCCUGGCCUGGCUGGAGAUCGCGCUCGGCAUGCCGCAGUAUGGGCCGCGCUGCGCCGAGAACGUCAAGAGCGGCAAGGUGCUGCUCGAGCUGAGCGACCUCGAGCUCGAGUGCGGCCUCGGCAUCACGCACCCGAUGCACCGCAAGAAGCUGCGCCUCGCCAUCGAGGAGCACCGGCACCCCGCCCUCGUGCGGUACCCCUGCAUCGCGCAGCUCACCCACACCUGGGUGUCCUCCGAGUGGCUGCCCGACCUGGGGCUCGCUCAGUACUCAGAGAACUUCGCGGCCAACAUGGUGGACGCGCGGAUGCUGGACCACCUGUCCAAGAAGGAGCUGGAGAAGUUCGUGGUCGUGACGCGCAAGUUUCACCAGGCGUCCAUCGUGCACGGCAUCCACCUGCUGCGCAUGGUCAAGUACGACCGGCAGGCGCUGGCGGUGCGGCGCCACCAGAGUGACCACGUGGACGCCGACCCCCUCGUAUGGACCAACCAGAGGUUCAUGAGGUGGGCGCGAUCCAUCGACCUGGCCGAGUACGCCGACAACCUCAAGGAUAGCGGCGUGCACGGCGCGCUCGUCGUCCUGGAGCCGUCCUUCAACGGGGACACGAUGGCGACGGCGCUCGGCAUCCCGCCGUCCAAGAACAUCAUCCGGCGCCACCUGGCCGCUGAGCUGGAGGCCCUCGUGCUGCCCGCCAGAGCCGCCUUUGAGCAUUACGUGCGGGUGACGGCCGCCGAGCGGCGCCGCGCCGAGCGCCUCAUGGGCGGGGGCUCCCUGGGUCGCAGUUUCUCGCGGUCGUUCGCGGGCUCCCUGUCCGGCUCCCUCGCGGGCUCGCUUGCGGGGGCGGCCGCGGCGCUCCCCCAGGCCGGGGGAGGCGCCGUCCCUGGGGGCCCCGGGGGCGGCUCGGGGACCCUCCCCCACGGCUCGGCCCUCGCCGCCGCCCGGGAGGUGGCCAACGCCUCCCUGGACUCCCCUAUCGUCCGCGCCGCGUCGCCCGGCGGCCUCAAGAGGAUCCCCUCCUGCCACGCCCAGGGCGGGCCCGGUGGACCCUCAGCCGACGCGGACAACCUGGACGCCAAGGACCGUCGUCGAGCCAGCCUUCGCGUAAGGAGACGCUUGCACAACCUGCUGAGUUGGGCCUAGCCCCGCCACGAAGCAUGCUCGCCAAAGUGAUAGUCAUAUGUUCAGUUAGCACGUUCCGUGCGAUGGUCGACGGGGAGGGUUUUGGGAAAGUAGCCAACACCUCCACACUUGGACCAAAGGUGGGCCUCGCACGGAAAGUGUUAAAGUAACUCUUGAAUCUCUCAUGACGCUCUUUGAAAUUAGAACUGAUUUAUUACGAGAUAGAUGUAAACUUCUAUAGAUUUUAUGUGUUCAAGAUCUGAACUAUAACUAUAACUUUGGCACUCCUUAGCGGAUAUUUUUUAUCGAUUUAUUUGUUGAUUUUGUGUUUUGCUACUUUUGUGUUUUCGUGAGAUAGCUAUAGAGAGUGAUUUUAAUUUUGUCAUGUGUUACUAAUUUAUUGCUUUGUUUUGCUAAGUUUAUUAAUUAUGUGUUUUAUGCUGACCAGACACGCCUUUGCUGCUCGCUGCAUAUCAGACUACUGCUUUUUGUGUGGCUUGUAUGCAUGAAUUAUUCUCUAUCCCCCGAUUCAUGAUGGUAACUAGCGGGAAGUGGGUCAGUCCAUCUGUCAGUAUGUUACCCUUGCAUUGUCAGUUUUACUCCUAGAGAAGCAGAAACUUGUUUUCGAAAGAUUUUCGAUUUCCUUCAUUUUUAUAAGAUAAUUUAUCAGACUAUUCGGGAACGAAACAAUAUUGUCCUUCGGGACGUUGCUUUGAUAUUUCAUAUUCGUUCUCCACAGUAGUGCAGCGCACACACAAACAUUUAUAUUCUUGUACUCUCAUGUUAAUGGAUAUUCUGCUGGGUGCAGAACAUGUAUUUAGCAGAGGGAAUAAAAUGAUCAAAACUGCUUA